CAUUGCGUCUCCUGCAGAAGUCUCCGGGCCGAGGACCAGCGCAGGGGACUCUGGGCUGUGGGGGGGUUUCCACUGACACGAGCACGGAGCUGCCACAUUCCCUGGCUUCGUGGAGAUCCGCAGGUUUUUCUCCCCUACAAAGGUGUUCGCCUCCCGACCCACCGCCCACCACGGCCCUCACCUGUGUGUUGCGGUGCUUCCCUUGUGAGCCGACCUGGGCUGGCAGUCCGUUCUUGCACCGCCCGCCAACCCCGCCCAUGGUCAGAAUGACGCGCUCCAAGACCUUCCAGGCGUACCUGCCCAGCUGCCACCGGACCUACAGCUGCAUCCACUGCCGAGCUCACCUGGCCAACCACGACGAGCUCAUAUCCAAGUCAUUCCAGGGCAGCCAGGGCAGAGCCUACCUGUUUAACUCAGUGGUGAACGUCGGGUGCGGCCCUGCAGAGGAGAGGGUGCUGCUCACAGGCCUGCACGCUGUAGCAGAUAUCUACUGUGAGAACUGCAAGACGACCCUGGGCUGGAAAUACGAACAUGCUUUUGAGAGCAGUCAGAAGUAUAAAGAGGGCAAGUUCAUCAUUGAGCUGGCCCACAUGAUCAAGGACAACGGCUGGGACUGAGGGACAAGCGCCCGGGACAUGACUGACCGCG